ACACCGUCAACCCCCAGGUUUUCCUCGUCUCAGAUUCAAGAUGACUCACGAGUCCGUUUGGUACAGCCGGCCCCGCAAGUUCGGCAAGGGUUCCCGUGAAUGCCGUGUUUGCGCCCACCGCGCUGGUCUGAUCCGCAAGUACGGGAUGGACAUCUGCAGACAGUGCUUCCGUGAGAAGGCUCAGGACAUCGGUUUCUACAAGUACCGUUAAAUCUGUUUUCUCGAUCCAUUUCCUGUUUCACGACGAAUCGUUACGUGCUCGGCGCUCGGUAGCUACCAUGGAGGAAAAUCAAAAAGGAAUCAUAUCCGCUUGAAUUCCAAAGGGGGAAAAUAGGAAAGAGGAAGAGGAGAUGCCGGUGUGAACAACCCGAAAGGUGUUAUGUCGAAACCUUUUAUCUUUCCAAUUCAAUUUUUUAAAUUGAAUUCAUGAGGAUCUUUCUCCCGUCCUUUCCACCUUACUUUACCUACACCUCGAGCCCGCCAUAGCGAAACAGUGUGGUAAAUGUGACGAAUACGGCUUCAAUUGGGUCAAUGCCACCUGUAGACGACCCUGUCUAGUAAAGCUACCUAUGGACGUAGCGGUCGGUUGCAAUAGUUGAGCUUUCCUUUCGUCUAGCCCUCCGGUCCGGC